CUGCUUUACAUAGUUGCUCUGUUCCAUCUGCAACUACUGUGAGUCUAACUAGAUCCAUCUUUAAGUGAUGGAAUUGCUCUCCUACUACCAUUAUGCUCCAUGCUGUCAUGUUGAUAAAUUGAACUGGAAAUUAGUUGAGAAAAGCUUGAAUUCAAGCAGGUCCAAGCUCUUUCAUGGUAGAAGAGCUAAAGCUAUGUGUCUUGGAUCUAGUUCCAACCGGGAUUCUUUGGGUCUUUUUGAUCUGGAGCAUUUCAAUUAUUCUAACAUCCAGAGUUCUGAUCAGCGGUAUAGGAUGCGAUCAUUUAGUUCAGUUGAAGGUUUCCAUAGUGCCAUCAGUCCCAAUACUCUGAAUGAAAGCUCUAAUGAUUAUGUGGUUGGCGGGAAAGAUGAUGUUAGAAAUGUUUCAGAAAGGGAUGAAUCAACUACAAAGGUUUUAAUUCCAGGUCUGCCUGAUGAGUCUAAUGGUGACUCUGGUUCGCCAAUCAGUAGUGGUUAUUGGGAAUGGAAGCCGAAACUUACUAUACAUUAUGAAAAAUCAGGGACUGAAAAUGUCAGCUCUCCCCCUAUACUCUUCCUUCCUGGUUUUGGCGUGGGAUCUUUUCACUACGAGAAACAAUUGAAGGAUCUGGGCCGUGAAUUCAGAGUGUGGGCAGUUGAUUUUUUAGGGCAGGGCAAGUCAUUGCCAUCUGAAGAUCCUGCUCCUCUGGGUAUGAAUGAAGGUUUAUCAGAAGAGGACUUGUUAUGGGGUUUUGGACAUGAACCUGAACCAUGGGCUAAAGAGCUAGUUUACUCAGUUGAUUUGUGGCAGGACCAGGUUCGCUAUUUCAUAGAACAGGUUAUUGGUGAACCAGUUUAUAUUGUUGGGAACUCACUUGGAGGAUUUGUUGCAGUGUACUUUGCAGCAUGCAACCCUCAACUAGUAAAGGGUGUUACAUUGCUCAACGCCACUCCAUUUUGGGGAUUUCUGCCCAAUCCUUCUAGAUCCCCGAGAUUAUCCAGGAUUUUCCCAUGGGCUGGAACAUUUCCACUUCCUUCCAGUGUCAGAAAGCUGAUAGAAUUGAUAUGGAAAAAGAUAAGUGAUCCCACCAGCAUAGCAGCUGUUCUUGGACAGGUCUAUGCUGAUCAUUCAACAAAUGUAGAUAAAGUUUUUUCUCGUAUACUUGAAACAACGCAGCACCCAGCAGCAGCUGCAUCAUUUGCGUCGAUUAUGUUUGCUCCUAGGGGACAACUUUCCUUCGAGGAAGCUUUAUCUAGGUGUAAAAUGAAUAGUACACCAAUUUGUCUCAUGUAUGGGAAAGAAGAUCCGUGGGUGAAGCCCAUUUGGGGGCUUCAGGUGAAACAGAAAAUGCCUGAAGCUCCAUAUUUUGAGAUUAGCCCAGCAGGUCACUGCCCCCACGAUGAAGUUCCUGAGGUUGUGAACUAUUUACUACGUGGAUGGAUUAGAAACAUAGAAACCCAAGGAUCCGUUGGAUUACCUCUCAUAGACGAUCCUGCAUCUAUACAGUUUAGUGUCUUGAGGGAAUUAGAGUUUGUCAGAGAAGGAUCAAGAAAAUCAGUAGUUGUAAGUUUCUUCGGGUCCAGGUUCUCUGUAUGGAAUCUGAUAAGCUCUUUUCUUAAGUCACGGAUUGCAGAUUUGGGAAUUAAUUCACGAUAAGGGAACCUACCUCUGUUUCUCAAAAGGCUAUUGUAAAUCCACAAAGGUAUAAUGUACUUUGAUUUAUUAUUGUAUUGACAAAAUUCAGUCCGUCCAUGUAUACAUAUUGUACAUAUCUGUGGAACAUUGGAAGGCAUCUUAUUGUACAAAUCUGUGGUCUGCUUUCUGCUUCCUGACUUGGUGUUUAAAGCUUUCAUACCUUGUACUAAUUAUGUGCAAUAAACUGUCUUAUCCUUGUUGUC